CCCCAAACACCAACCCUCCCUGUAACCCCAACACUAACCCUCCCUGUAACCCCAACACCAACCCUCCCUGUAACCCCAACACUAAUCCUUCUUGGAACCCCAACACUAAUCUUCCCUGUAACCCCAACACUAACCCUUCCUGUAACCCCAACAACACCAACCUUCCCUGUAACCCCAACACUAACGCUUCCUGUAACACCAACACUGACUCUCCCGGCAACCCCAAUACUAACCCUUCCUGUAACCCCAACACUGACUCUCCCUGGAACCCCAACACUGACUCUCCCUGGAACCCCAACACUAACCCUUCUUAGAACCACAACUCUAAGCCUUCCUGUAACCCCAACACUGACCCUCCCUGUAACCCCAACACUAUCC